GCCUGUUCCGAGCUCAGAAUAACACUGGAGCCGACACGGACAACUACUUGCAACCUUUUCUCUUCUUUUCGCCGCUCGUUUCACGAUCGCGCUUGGAUUAUAACUAUGACUCUGGAAGAGAUCCGCGGACAAGACAGCGCAAUGGAAAACGUUGAUAGGGUGCAAAGUGCAGGCGCAGCUCUGGAGGAGCUGCUGCUCGCUGCCAAGAAGCAGGACUACCUGACAGUCGGAGUUUACGAAUCCGCCAAAGUCAUGAAUGUUGACCCGGACAGCGUGGCGUUCUGCGUGCUCGCCACCGACGACGAGUACGAGUGCGACAUCGCUCUCCAGAUCCACUUCACCCUCAUCCAGGCUUUCUGCUUCGACAACGACAUCAACGUGGUGCGCGUCAACGACAUCGACCGCCUGGCGGACCUCGUGGGCGCGGAGGAGAGCGGGGAGCCCAAGGACGCGCACUGCAUUCUCGUCACGAGCCCCAGUGCGAAUCCGUGGAAAGACCCAGCCCUUGACAAGCUGAGCCUGUUCUGCGAGGAGAGCCGCAGCGUGUACGACUGGGUGCCCACCAUCACUCUCCCGGAGCGCUGAAGUGACAUUUCCCCUGAAAGUGCUAAACAUGAUGAUGAUGAAGAUGAUGAAAAGAAAGUCAAGGAGCUGAGCUUCAGCUGGGGCUGUCGAGCCUGUCUGCCUCACUUGGAUUAAGAGGCUGUGGCUGCAACCCUCCCACAAGAGUGCAACCUUCCAGGGCAUUCUGGGUCAGCACUUUGGUUCUGGAUAUACCCUGUGGAAGGGUAGAAGUUAAGGGGUCAAGUGUAGACUGGGUCAGGAGUGUGUGCGGUGGACACUGAGAUGGAGCUGGACUGUCCUGCAUCGUGCAGGAUGAGGGGUGGCCAGCCAGUGAUGGCCCAGGAUGAAGGGCAUCGAGGGAUCUGCGUCGAGAACGGACAAAGAGACUGUGCAAGAAAUGGACUAUUGAAAGUGUGGAGGCGGGACUGAUCUCACUGGAAGGGAGCAAGUCAGAAGCCGGUCCAGAAGAUGGAACCUGAAGGUGUCUGAGUGGACUAUACUUUUCUUUUUGAGCACAGCUUUCAGGAAGUUAUUGGUGGGGGGAAAAAAAAAAAAAAACUUUUUUUUUCCUGCAAGUCCUGAUUUUAUUUGAGCUGUAUCUGUACCUGUGACACAUGUACAUGGACUAUCGAUUUCACUUUCAUAUUUGUCAAAGAAAAAUACAGCUUUGAAUUGUACUCAUUAUCAACUGUUCUUUUGAAUAAACAUUUGAAUCAA